AUGAGUAAAGGAGGAGCAGCAGGCGGCGCUGUGAAGGGAGGGAAGAAGAAGGCAUCGACGUUCGUGAUUGACUGCUCAAAGCCGGUGGAGGAUAAGAUUAUGGACAUUGCUUCACUGGAAAAGUUCCUCCAAGAACGCAUCAAGGUCGGCGGAAAGCCCGGUGCCCUCGGUGACUCCGUUACUGUCACCCGCGAUAAGAGCAAGAUUACCGUCGUUGCUAACGAGACCAGCUUUUCCAAGCGGUACUUGAAGUAUUUGACGAAGAAGUAUCUGAAGAAGAACAAUGUGCGUGAUUGGCUGCGUGUGAUUGCUUCGAACAAGGAUAGAAAUGUUUAUGAAUUGAGGUACUUCAACAUUGCCGAGAAUGAGGCUGAGGAAGAAGAGUAG